GCCAUAAAAGCUGUCGUUCCCCUGUCACCCUUUCUUACCAUUCAUGCCGCUUCACACUCGACGGAAUCCACGCUGGUUACCUGCUAUAAGGUAUUUAGGCAUUUACCAGAUUUAGGGUUUAUCAAAUUCAUUGCCACAGCUUUGGGGGCGACACGAGGGAGGAUAACGAAUCCACAAAUCAAUGGCAUCUUCCUCUGGUUUCUUGGCUUGAGAACUGUGCACUCACCGGCAUUGUGGAGAGAGAAAGAGAGAGAGAGAAAGAGAGAAAGAGAGAAAGAGAGAAAGAGAGGAAGAGAUGGACGAAGAAAUGGUGGAUAUCUCUGAAGGAAGGUUCUCGCCUGUGGAAAUAGAUUUCGAUUACGAGUUCGAUGCUUGUCGAUACUUCGAUUUCAUCCGGAAAGAAACUCCAGCGGAGGCUCGAGAAGCAGAGCUCUGGUUCGAAACAGCUGGAAGUUAUCCCCCUUCUCCUUUCGCCGAGAGGUUGAAUGCAGUCAAAGUCAUCCUUGUAGAAAAUAUAAACAAUUCUAUAAAGUCUAAAGAUGUGGAGAACAUGGGUUCUACCGCCAACAGACCAGAUGAUGGCAUUGGUCCAGAGUUUUCUGCAUUAGAUGGGAGUAACCAAGAUCAUGAACGGAUGAGUGAUGGAGUCUGCAGGAACUUAACCGGUGGAGUUCCACAGAAAGUUCAAAAUGAAGAACAACCAUUGACAACAGGGCCAUUUUAUAAUCACAUGGCUGAAGAUAUUCCCAAAACAAAAAUGAAGCGUGCAAGCAAAGGACCUUUCCCCAGGAGCUCAACUUUAAUGAAACCAACUGCCAGUCAUCUGGCAAAGCAAAAUCAACCACGGGAUGUCUCUGGUUCCAGCCGAUUUUUUGGAAGGUCUGGGAUGUCAUUUGUUCAAAACAGUGGUCGAACCUUUGAUAAUCCCUCAGGGGUUGAAACUCAAGCUGCCAAGAGACAGAAGCUCGAAGGAGGUCACUUACGGAAGGUUGCUGGAACAAAGCAACAAGCUAUUCUGGCACACAAAGUGCCAAAGAAGGAUGAACCUGUUGAUGGUAGUGUAGUGUAUUCGCAGCUUAAACUCACUAUUCCAAGAGAGCCUGACCUGGAGACAGCACACAGGGCCCAAAGGACCAGACAAAAAAAUAAUACUGAGUUAGAAGAACAGCAAAAUUCAGCAUGCACAUUUAAAGCACACCCUUUGAACAGAAAAAUUCUCAAAGCUCCUUCAAUGCGACUUCCACAAAAAAGUACGCCACGGUUGCCCGAAUUUCAGGAAUUCCAUUUGAAGACAUCAGAGAGGGCUCUACAACACUCCACAUCUGCUGUAUCGUCACUACCUCACAACAAAUCUGACAAGGUGGCAGUUAACAGCAGUUGUGUUGCUCAUAAUACAACCAUGGACUCCAAAAGGUCAAAUUCUGGGGAAAAUCCAAAGGAGGAAUGUGAAUUAGCACAUCAUUUUAAAGUUCGGCCCUUUAAUAAGAAGAUCUUUUCAAGUAGAGGAGAGAUUGGUGUUUCCCAGAACAGCAAGAGGGAAGUCACAGUACCCAUGGAAUUUGAUUUUUCAAAAGAUAAGAGGUCUCGGCAUCGUCCACCCAUAGAACUUUUUAACAAGCUGUCACUUUCAUCUGAACUCCAGCAGAAAACUGCAUCUCAACCAAAAUUGGCUUGGUCUAGUUCUGUACAUGCUAAGGGCUCAAAGGAGAAUACUCCAGGUCCUUUCCGACGAGAACACGUGAUAGCAGCAAUGAACAAUGAAAAGCCACAAAGGGUUGGAGAAAAGCAAACUCAAUGUUUCUCUGACAAAGUCAGACCCCAAGCCAAUAUGAACAGCAGGAGCUUGGGCAUCCGUUGACACUAUGAUGGCUUGCAAGUUCUCUAUUGAUAAUGACAAAUUUUGAGUUAGUGAAUUUCCAUGAAGCUUGAUGAAUUGAUAAAUGGGCAGAGCUCUUAUUUUGAGACACGUGAUCCACUGGGAAUUCAUAUUGUGCUGGGCAAUCUUGUAGUGGUCAUAAAGUCACUUGUAUUUUCAUGACUAAUCAGUUCGCUGAAGUCAUGGUCUCCUCGCAGAGGGUAGAGUUUUUUGGUUUUAGCAAUUGUAGCAGGGGAAAUCAGGCACACGUUUAAUAAUUUGUAAAAACAGGUAUCAUCCAUUCCCCAAUAAAAAUGUAGAACAGGCCAGAGUUGUACAGUUAUCAAGGCCUCAAAAUUUUGAAACAUAGUCUAAUCCCCUUCUGUUCAUAUAUCAUCAUAAGAUAUUGCGGAGCAAUUAUAUGUAAUGGUUACCCAUUCCACAGAAAUAGUACAUUUUUGUUCUUCCUCA